UAUCAGCAAACAAUAAAUAAAAUAGAAUUAGUAUUAGAAUUAUAAUGUCUUCAAUGGAUAUAGACAAUGACGUGUCAACUUUGUUGGCAACAAUUAGACAAGAAUUGGAAUCACCUGAACUUAUAAAUAUAUUUCUUGAAUUAGAAGAUUUCUAUGAAAGAAAAUUAUGGCACCAAUUGACAUUAACACUCGACGAGAUAUACUAUGGAGAUUAUGUUGAAAUUACAAAUGAUUUGAAGUCAAAGAUUAAUAACUUAUUUAUAAGUCAAUUUACUUCUCAUUUAAAUCCUAUUAAGGUGGUAGAUUUUUGUUUGGAAAGUUUUAAUGGUAAACCAGAAGAAACUUUAGAUCAUUUAUUGGAAUUAAGAAUCAAUUUCAUCAAUACAAUUAAGAAAGAAAAUAACUUUAGAGAUGAAGAAGAUGAAGAAUUCAAAAAGUUGGUGGAAAAUGAUGAAUCCAUUAUUUAUGAUGAUUUACAAAUUGCUCGUUAUUAUAUAUUAUCUGGAGAAAUAUCUAAAGCUGAAGAUAUUUUAAAUUCAUUAAAUGAUAAAUUUGAUACUAAUGAUACCAUCAAUAAUUUUGAAAAUCCAAAACUUAAUGCUGCUUUCUAUUUAACUAAAUGUGAACUAUAUAAAAUAUUAGAAAAUUAUAAUUCUUAUUAUUCCAAUGCUUUAUUAUAUUUAUCAUCAGUUGAAAAUAAUUUAACUGAUGCUAAUAAACUUGAAUUAUGUUAUGAAUUAAGUAUUGCUGCUUUAUUAGGUGAUAAAAUCUAUAAUUUUGGUGAAUUGAUUUUACAUGAUAUUCUUACAGUUAUAAGUACUGAAUCAAGUCCAUAUUUCUGGUUAUACAGUUUGAUUCAAAAUUUAAAUUCUGGAAAUUUACAAGAAUUUAAUAAAUGGCUAGAGAUUGCUUAUAAGAAAUCACCAUUUUUAGUUAAAUUUGAUGUAUUUUUAAAACAAAAAAUCAUUAUAAUGUCAUUAUUAGAAUUAAUUUCAUUAAAAUCAACUACAGAAAAGCACUUAACUUUCUUAGAGAUUUCAGGAUUUACUGGAACUCCUGUCAAUGAUGUUGAACAUUUAAUUAUUAAAUGUUUCUCACUUAAUUUAAUUAAGGGUUACAUUAAUCAGAUUGAUGAAAUUCUUGUUGUUACAUGGUUACAACCAAGAAUUUUAAACUUAGAUCAAGUCAAAGUUUUGCAUAACCAUUUACUUCAAUGGACUGGUCAACUUGAUAAAUUGGCUAAAGAUGUUCGUAAGAAUGGUGGCUCUAUAUGGGCAGGCAUAUAAAUUAUAUAUAAUAAAUUAUAAAUUAUGAAUUAUAUAUUAUAUAUAAUACCUUAUAAAUUAUAAAUUAUAUAUUAUAUAUAAUACAUUAUAAAUUAUAUAUUAUUAGCUAAAGCUAAAUAUAUGUAAAUUAAUAGUUUUUAUAUACAAGUUAAAAAUGUCUCCGCUAUUUGAUUUUACGGAGAUGUCGCAUUACCAAGCAAUUGUCGC